CUUUCUAGUUCUAUCCAAUUGUUGAUCAUUCUUCUCAUAUCUGUCACCAUUCCUCGGUGCAAUGUGUUCUUUGGUCUUCCUCUCCUCCUUCGGCCUUGAGAAUUACAAGUCAUGGCAUCCUAUGUGACACAGUUGAGUGAAUUCCUCAAUGUGUGUCCUAUCUACUUCCAUUGAUUCUUCCUGAUUCCUUCCUCUGCUGGGAUCUGGUUUGUUGUCUCCCAUAGUAGAUUAUUGCUAAUAGUGUCCGGCCAACGGAUCUGAAGUAUUUUGCGUAGACAACUGUUAAUAAACAGUUGUAUCUUCUUCUCCAAGUUUCCACUCCAUCCAGUAGAACUGUCUUGAUAUUUGUAUUGAAAAUUCUGACCAUGGUGUAGGUUGACAGUUGUUUUGAGUUCCAGAUGUUCUUCAGUCGUAAAUGUGCUACUCUUGUUUUGCACACCCACGCUUUCAUAUCUGCAUCAGAUCCAUCGUGUUCAUCAACGAUGCUGCCCUAAUAUGUGAAGGUUUUUAAAUCUUUCAAAUCUUCUCCGCCAAUUGUGACGGGAUUGGUACACGUUGUUAUGUAUCGAAAAAUCUUGCUGUCCCCUUUGUGUUAUUUCUCAAUAAUAUGUAAAUAUAAUGUAAUAUCAUUAGUGGAUAACUACCUCACAUUUAACAAAAUUGAAUUUCUCUGAUCACGACUUUAUAUUAAAACAUUGAGAAUUACAUUAUAAAGUUGGUCAUUGUUGGGGACGAGAUUUUUAUCAGUAAUGGAGGCAUCAUCAUCAUCAUCAUCAUCAUCAUCAUCAUCAUCAUCAUCAUCAUCAUCAUCAUCAUCAUCAUCAUCAUCAUCAUCAUCAUCAUCAUCAUCAUCAUCAUCAUCAUCAUCAUCAUCAUCAUCAUCAUCAUCAUCAUCAUCAUCAUCAUCAUCAUCAUCAUCAUCAUCAUCAUCAUCAUCAUCAUCAUCAUCAUCAUCAUCAUCAUCAUCAUCAUCAUCAUCAUCAUCAUCAUCAUCAUCAUCAUCAUCAUCAUCAUCAUCAUCAUCAUCAUCAUCAUCAUCAUCAUCAUCAUCAUCAUCAUCAUCAUCAUCAUCAUCAUCAUCAUCAUCAUCAUCAUCAUCAUCAUCAUCAUCAUCAUCAUCAUCAUCAUCAUCAUCAUCAUCAUCAUCAUCAUCAUCAUCAUCAUCAUCAUCAUCAUCAUCAUCAUCAUCAUCAUCAUCAUCAUCAUCAUCAUCAUCAUCAUCAUCAUCAUCAUCAUCAUCAUCAUCAUCAUCAUCAUCAUCAUCAUCAUCAUCAUCAUCAUCAUCAUCAUCAUCAUCAUCAUCAUCAUCAUCAUCAUCAUCAUCAUCAUCAUCAUCAUCAUCAUCAUCAUCAUCAUCAUCAUCAUCAUCAUCAUCAUCAUCAUCAUCAUCAUCAUCAUCAUCAUCAUCAUCAUCAUCAUCAUCAUCAUCAUCAUCAUCAUCAUCAUCAUCAUCAUCAUCAUCAUCAUCAUCAUCAUCAUCAUCAUCAUCAUCAUCAUCAUCAUCAUCAUCAUCAUCAUCAUCAUCAUCAUCAUCAUCAUCAUCAUCAUCAUCAUCAUCAUCAUCAUCAUCAUCAUCUACACCUUCAAAGAAGGAAUCGAUUAAAUUCUCAACUGGAUUUUCACGAAACCGUCAUAAAUAA